CCCUUGGCUAACGUCACCCUGUACGUUGAUUUUGGUCAUGUCAACUGGAGGCUCGGUCGCCUCUCCCUCAACUACCAUUCCAUCCAGGAUCUUGAGCUUCCAUGUUAGAGAGUGACAUUCUGCUCUCGAUCAGGAUUGACCAUUCACGAUGUUGAGCGGAAGAUUGGCGCUUGUAACGGGUGGUGGGCGUGGAAUUGGGCGGGAGGUGUGCAAAUUAUUUGCUCGGGAAGGGGCUCGAGUGGCGGUGGCAGAUUUAGAUCAAGACGCCACGCGAGAAACUUUGAAGGAGAUGGGCGGUGAAGAUAACCAUUUUGGUGUGGAGGCAGAUGUGGCCUCCUUGGACUCGAUUAAGAAUACAUCAUCCGAGGUCUUCAAGAAAUUCGGUGAGCAUCCCAGCAUUGUGGUGAACAGUGCCGGUAUCACGCGAGACGGGUACCUGCUCAAGAUGAGUGAGCCCAAUUUCGAUCAAGUCAUCAAUGUGAACCUCAAAGGCACCUUCAACGUCAACCAGACAUUCGCUGCUGCCAUGAAAAGUGCUAAAAUCAACCCGGGUUCUAUCAUCAACGUAGCCAGUAUCUCGGGUCAGGUGGGCAACGCAGGUCAAACUAAUUAUUCCGCCUCAAAAGCGGGUGUGAUAGGCUUCACGCGCUCAGCGGCCAAGGAGUUGGGCAAAUUCGGAAUUCGGGUGAACUGCAUCGCUCCGGGCUUCAUCCAGACGCCAAUGACCGAUACCAUUCCCGACCACAUCAAGCAGAUGCUGUUGUUUCAAAUCCCGAUGGGAGAUUUCGGAAAACCCGAGGAUAUUGCGGAAGUGGCGGUCUUUUUGGCAUCGGACCGCAGUCGAUACAUGACCGGGUCCAUACUCAGCGUGAAUGGUGGCCUCUACUAGGACGAACAUGUGAUCAAACCACAGAACGGAAAACAUGCAUAGAUAUCAAA